AUGAUAAACUACUGCAGCAUCAAUGGGUUCUUCUCUUCAGUAGAUUUCUUUUGUAAUAAGGUGCCUAUAUAUAGAAUGAAACUACAGACUAUGCGGAGGGUUGUUCUUGUCCUUGUGAGUACAGGACUUUCCCUUGAAACAAAGGGAACAAAACCCUUGAUGGCGACAAGGGAUGUCCACAGGGAUGGACUUCGAACAGGGUUGAAAGUUCAUGGUUCUGUGGAAAAUGGAGGUUUGGCGGAACAAGGGGCUGUCCACAGGGAUGGACUUCGAACAGGGUUGAAAGUUCAUGGUUCUGUGGAAAAUGGAGGUUUGGUGAAGUGCUUCUUUGGAAAAGAUGGAAAGGCAAGCCUCGAACAUGAUAGAUUUGUUCAAUUUAUGAGAGAUUUGAACAAUGAGGAGGAGUUUUAUGUUGGAGGGACGGAUGAAUAUGCUAAGAUGGACAGAGUCUCUCACGUAUAUUCAAUGCAUGGUUCAAAGUUGCAUAUAAGGGCUAAUGAGUGA